CCAGCUUGUAUGGUAGAAGUAUUUCCAUCAAUAGAGGAAGAAACACUUAGCGGUUGUGGUGCCGAGGAGUGUGGAGCUGUGUGUAAUGCCAGCCGCAAGAUUACUCCACAGAUAUCUCUCUGUAUCAUCAUAACUGCUGUAGUACUGCUGUGUAUAAAAGGAACUCUCAGCCCAGCAAACUACAGAUCCUUCACAGACGACUUCACCAACAGUGUUCCACUUAUCAACCAUCCUAUCGGAGCCCUCUUGCAAAGAAAACUUUCAAAUGUCAAAGAAAACCUAACAUUUCUGCCAAAACAAUUUGAAUUUUACAAUUUGAAACAAGCAGUAAAGAGAACAGACAUCAACUGUACAGUUUCAAAGACUGUGCCAAGUUUUCCCAUUUGUAUUCACGACCCUUUGACGGACAAGUACAUCACUGGUGCCUUAUUAAGCAGUGGGGUUUGGGAACCGUACAUAACCAAAGUGUUUCAGAUAGCACUGGAGAAACAUCCCAAUGCAAUUUUAAUCGACAUUGGUGCCAACAUUGGAUACUACAGCUUCCUUGCUGCUGGGAUGGGCCAUGACGUUAUUGCUCUAGAACCAGUACUGGAAAAUGCAGAACGAUUCCACAAAGGAACACAACUUGGAAGGUUUUUAGAUAAUGUUCACCUGCUGAAGAAUGCAAUGUCGGACAGACACCAGACUGUCUGUAUGACAACCAAUAAGGAAAAUCAAGGUGGGCUGCGUGUGGUGGAAAAUGGGUGUGACCAGGAGGUGAUGACGUCAACUAUAACAAUGGACGACCUGCUGUACUUGAUACCACCAACCGAAGCCAUCAUCAAAAUAGAUAUUGAAGGUUACGAGUGUAAAGCAAUGUCUGAAUCAGCCCACUUCUUCAAACGUAUCUUUGUGCCUUACAUUUUCAUGGAAUGGCAGAACAUGUUUGCCAAGCGACGUAACAGCGCUCCUUGCCCAGGUAAAGCAAUGCAACAACUAGCGAACACCCUCUCACACUAUGGUUAUCUCCCUUACGAAGUGCGUACAGGGAUCGAGAUGCAGAUACAGCAAAGCAGCACAACGUGGCGAAUUGGUGAUGUCUACUGGCGCCACCGCUCAGUUCCACUGCUGAUAGCACCACUCUGAACCCGGUAACAAGCCACUGGGUUACUGUCGUUUCACGAACAUAUCUCCGUAAGCACAUUUGUGGAAAAUACCAAUAUAACCAGCCUGAAAGGAAGGAGAUUAUAUUUUGAAUGGAGACAAGUCUUAAUGGCCAUUGCCUGAAGGUGAAUUUGGAAAGAAUGGCUAAAGUGGAGAUGUGGUGGCUACAAAGAGAAAGAAGGAAUCUUAGCAAAUAAGAGAAUUCCUGGCAAGCAUGUCAUAUUGAUGGGGAAUAGGUUCAUUAAUGACAUAUUUAUUUGAGGAAUUGUUAACAGCAAGUAAGGCGCUACAAAGCAGCAUACAUUGAUCAACAACAAAUGUCAAGGUUGUAAAAUGGUUUGUGAACUGGGCCACAGAACAACCAACACACAGGUUGGUUUGCAGUAAGUUUGUAUAAAUUGUAAGCAAGAUGGUUUCAAGAUGAAUUGCUUUACAGUAUAGCGUUUUGAAAGACUUUAAGGGACUUUGUUUAUUGUCAUAGUGUAGAUUGUAUAUGUUUUUGCAGUGUUUUAACUUGCCAGUAAAUAUAGCAGAACAAAUUGAUGAAUGGUAUAUAUUAUUAGUUAUAUCCAUACAAAAACAAAAUACUUCUCAUAAAUUAACCUUUUUUAAUAAAAAUAUUUUAAUUGAUGUCAUUUCUUGAAAACAUUAACUUGAUAAUAACAAAAUUGCAAUCUAUUUUCAAUUGGUGUAAACAGUGGCUUAAUACCUAAAACAUUCUGAAUGAAAAAAACACCCCACAUAUUCAUCAAAGCAGCAAAAUUAAGGUAGAAAACAUGAAUGUGAAUGUGUGAUAACUAAUUAAUUUUUUCACUCUAAAGAUUUCCCAAUUUAAAAAAAAAUAGUUUACAGUAAAUCAAAUUAUUUGAUGGUAAUUUUUAAUGAACAUGUUCAAGGUAUACAGUAAUCUUUACAUCUAAAAUCAAAAUUAAUAAACAAUUUUGGAUGGAAGCCACAAUUAUGCAAAUUUGAUAAAACUCCUUUAUUAAAAAAACCCAGAAGUCUCAAAUAACUUCCAGUACUAUUGUUCAAUAUACAAUGCAGUUCAUAAUACCAAUUUGUCAAGCUGCUACAUGCAUAAUCUUAACUGCAGCUCUUUAUUAUUUGUAGGGUGUAUACUACCAAAUCAAAUCCCAUAGACGACAAUAGUAACACAUGUGGCUAAAACGUCUACUUGCAGCGUAUCAAUCGACAUAAAUGCCACGGAUGUAAAUACUACCACCCCUC